AUGGCUUCUCCUGCAGACUCAGAAUCGACAUUCACGACCAGCAACCCGCCGGUCCCGCGCGAGACCAAAGGCUCCAUCAUCCCCAAUGCCAUCGCAACCCCAACCUUUGGCGCCGGCGGAUCCUUCAGCAUCGUCGUCUCGACACACAUUGCCGCGCCGCCCGACACCGUCUUCACCGUUCUGGCAGACCACACGAAAUGGCCAGAGUGGAAUCGAUUCAUCAGGAAGCUCACCGUCAUCUCCAGCCCGCCCGCAACCGAGGCCGACCCCGACGCCAAUGCCCUCGAGACACUGAUACAAGGCGGCGACGGCUCGACUUAUUUGAAAAAGGACAUGAAGAUGUACUUCCAGGUUCAUCUUGACCCAGACAACGCUACACCGAGCAGCAGCAGGAAGGAGGCAAUACAGGUCACACUGCUGGAGCCGUACGACCAUGCGGGGAGGAAGGGCUGGCGCAUCGCGUGGAAGCCUACGGGCUACCCGAAUAUGGCGCUGCGGGGCGAGCGCGUACAGGAAUUUGUCGACGAUGGGAAGGGGGGCACCGAAUUUACUUGUUGGGAGACUAUGUACGGCUUCCUGGGCCCCGUCGUCAAGCUGACCACAGGCGGCAAGCUGGAGAAGGGGUUUCAGUGCUGGGCUGAGGACCUCAAGAAGAGGUCUGAAGAGCGCGUCAAAACCGAGACUGCUCCUCCGCUAGGUGAGUGA